UGCCCGCCCCCCCACAUAUAACACCCAGCACAUGAGGUUGAGGGCUCCAGUGUCGUGUCUCUGUGGGUGGACUCCUAGGGUCAGAGUACCAUGCUGUGUCUCCUGUGUUCCGUAGCUCACUGGGGGUAAAAGAACACUGGCUGAAGACCCUCCCGGGACAGAAUCAAAGCCUCACACUGGUGUUAUCCCCCUUGGGCUGUCAGCCCCAACUCCAAUGAAGCUGAUAAGCAGUCUCCAUUCAAAAACACUUAAUGCCGGCAACAUGGAGACAUUAAUUGAAUGUCAGUCAGAGGGUGAUAUCAAGGCUCUUCCGCUGCUGACAUCAUGUGAGAGUGAAGACAGCAUUUGCCAGCUAAUUGAAGUUAAGAAGAGAAAGAAAGUACUGUCCUGGCCCUCUCUCAUGAGAAAGCUCUCCCCUUCAUCUGACUUCUCUGGAUCGUUGGAACCAGAGCUCAAAGUGUCACUGUUUGAUCAACCCUUGUCAAUCAUUUGUGGGGAAAAUGACACACUCCCCAGACCCAUCCAGGACAUCCUCACCAUUCUCUGCCUUAAAGGCCCCUCAACUGAAGGAAUAUUCAGGAAAGCUGCCAGUGAGAAAGCCCGCAAGGAGCUGAAGGAGGAACUUAACUGUGGGAGCCCGGUGAAUCUGAACCAGCUCCCGGUGCAUCUCCUGGCUGUGGUCUUCAAGGACUUCCUCCGAGGAAUCCCUCUGAAACUGCUGUCCUGUGACCUCUUUGAGGAAUGGAUGGACGCCCUGAAGAAGCCAAGCGAGGAGGACAGGAUCGAGGCCCUAAAGCAGGUUGCAGACCGCCUCCCCAGGCCCAACCUUCUGCUGCUGAGACACCUGGUCUAUGUGCUCCACCUCAUCAGCAAGAAUGCCGAGGUCAGCAAGAUGGACUCCAGCAACCUAGCCAUCUGCAUCGGGCCCAACAUGCUCACUCUGAAGAAUGACCAGAGCCUGUCCUUCCAAGUCCAGAAGGACCUGAACAGUAAGGUUAAGACAUUGGUGGAAUUCCUCAUUGACAACUGCUUUGAAAUAUUUGGGGAGAACAUUCCCACACAUUCCCGCAUCACUUCUGACGACUCCCUGGAACACACUGACAGUUCAGAUGUGUCCACUCUGCAGAACGACUCCGCGUAUGACAGCAAUGACCCGGAUGUGGAGCCCCCAGGCGCCAUCACUUCUCCCAGCAGGCAGCUGGAGGAGCCCACUGCCACAGUGGCUGACCCGGAUAACCGGGGCUCGGAGGACUCCUGUGAGUCAAACUCGGAACUCGCUGUUAGCUUGGUAGCCAGGUUGAAAAGCUCCAUUGGCCAGCCAGACAGGCGGUUCUCUGAACCCAACACGUCACCCUCACAAGAGUGCCGUACGGCCCAAACGACGAAACAAAAGCUAACCAGGAGCGAGGAUAGCUUCGCCAUGCCCCGGGAAGCCUGUUUUGAGGGUGACGGGGCUGAAGACCCGUUUUCAGAGGAAGUCUUCCCAGCAGUUGAAGACAAGCCCCAGAGACCGGCGGAUUUAAAGAUAAAGAACUUGACCCAAGGUUUAGCAUCGCCACAGGGAUGGGUACCCAAAGCUUUGUCCAGAGUCUCCCCAGGUAAAUCUUUGGACAGCUCACCCAUACCUUCUCCUUCCUGUCCCAAAAGAAGCUUCUUCACCAGACACCAGAGUUUCACCACAAAGACAGACAAGAUCAAACCCCAGAGAGAAAUUAGAAAGCACUCCAUGUCGUUUUCCUUUACCUCUCACAAAAAAGUGCUGCCCCGAACCUCCAGCACUGGGUCUGAGAAAUCCACAGACUUUUCUAGAGACCAGAUCAAGAAGGGUUUGAGGAAAGACAGCCAGCUUGCUGGCAGGAUCAUCCAGGAAAAUGAGUCAGAAAGCCAAAGCUACAGCUUGUCUGGAACCUGGGCCCUCUCGGUUGACAAUGUGUUCCAGCUAAUUGAUGUGAGGAAGCCAGGAAGCCCACCAUCCUACGCAGAGGCCAUUCAUUACCAGACAUCUGGACUCACAGCCUACAGUGGCCAGACGGUUAGCAGUAUGAGAGCAAGAAUGCUCAAAUGGAACACGGCUCUGCCUCCUCUGCCUUCUCGCCUUGGAGGUGACCACUGUGAAGGGACACCCGGUGGACACACACCGUCUCCCAUGACUGAGCGCUGGGAACAGAGUCAGACUGCCAGCCUCUCUGUGGAAACGCAGGGGAGAUCUGAGCUGCACCGAUUGAGAACGGUGUCUGAAACCAUGCAGAAGGCUACGUUAGACUGUCUCAGGAGACAGCACAGACGCAUGGUCUUUGAGGUCGGCCAACUCCAGUGUGCUAAAGAAUCCUACAUUUAGGGAAGGAGACCUUGUACCAUGGCUUACUUAUGUGAAUAUAUGACCGGACAGAGAGCUGCCUGUUGAAUCUACUUUCCAAAGAGUCAUGAAUAAGCUCAUUGAGUGUUGUGUAGAGCUCUCCUCUGUGAGGAUGGCUUACACAGCGACACACCACAUUGUGUGUGUGUCUGGGUUUGUGCAAUAUGUAGUAAAUGUAUAAAAUGUACUGUAGAAAGGUGUUAGAUGAAAAGGGUGUCUACAUGCAUCCUUGCAUGCAUGCAUCUGUGUAUUUCUAUAUAUUGCUGUUUUUUGUUCCCAGGUGCAUGGUUCUAUUGAUUAGAAAAAAAAUUCUUAACUUUUCUUAGUUACCUCAAAUAUCUUGCCAAUGGUCACAUUUUCCAAGAGCUGUGUGUAGGUGGAAAUGUCUGAACCUCCGAUAUGUUUGUUCUCCUAAACUGGCUUGUGACUACUAACGAGCAUCGUAGAAGAGAGUAGACUGACAGGCACUGUGUUCCGAGUGUGAGCAGCCAGGAGAAGGUCUUUCUGUCAUCGAAUGGAAAGUGGGUGGAGUGGCGGAAAUGCGUUAUGUCACUAUUAACUCAGGCAGAGCACUUUGAACCUCUGGGUUGGGUGGUGUCUUGUGCGGCAGUGUAGAAGUACAUGGUGUGGUGUGCAUUGGGGGUCGUGUAUAAAGUUCAGUGAGGUUUCACUACAAUAAACUGCCCUCCUCUUUUACAGUGUGA